UAACGGAGAGUUAGUUAGUUAGAGAUGGGGAGAGUAACAGUGAGAGGCCGAAACACAGCGCUACAGGUUACUGUACAGCUAAAACUACACGCUGUCACCUGUCCAGGGGUCCUGUUACCGUCCCAUGAAGACGUUUACCUGAGUGUGCGAAUGAUGGGACGGUACCACAAAACUAAGUGUGUACCCUCCGUGUUUCCUCUUCUGUUGCAUGAAAAGAUGGUGUUCACUAAGAUCUUCUCCGCAGCAGUAGACCCGGGUGAUAUAGCUGAUCAUCUGGAGAAUGAUACAACCUGUUUCGAGCUCAUCCAGCUCGUCCCCCCAGAAGGUGAAAUUCUGGCCACUCUUCAGGAGAACACCAGAGACUUCCUCUACCCAGGCCCCCGGCUGACUCCCCCAGCCCCCGGCUCGGAGAGAGAGAUUCUGAUGAAGAAAUCUGUCUCCUUCCCGGGGAUCUCGCCCAGAGUGGAGUUUUCUACCACGUCUGUUAUUGAGGAGUGUGAUUUGAAAGCUAGCCAGUCAACCUUCUCACCAUCUAACUCGUCUCCUACUAAACCCUGCUGUGUGAAAACAAGCCCUGCAGGAAAGAGUAGGAUGAAGCCGAGCACAGCGCCCCUGUGUGGAUACCAGCAGCCCACAGUAGCAUCGCAGAGCCGCUCCCCGUCUCCCUACACCCACCGCAGGAUGUGCCAACUGUCUGAGGACACGCGACAGCGCCUCAGUCACCUUCAGCUCGGCCCCUACAACUUCAAGAAGGAGACGGCCCCGCAGCCUCCUUUUGUUGUCCCCUGUAGUCCAGACUCCUCGCUGACUGAAUCCUCCACAUCCCCUCCAGCUCUUCAGCCUUCACCUAAAGGAAGCUCUUUACGUCACAGAUCUGUCAGUUUCGCUGCAGACCUCACAGAUCCUGAACUGUAUGGAAGCUUCAGGGCAAAGCCUUCUAAAGCUAGACAUCAUUCUUUGGAUAUGCCACGUUUAUCUCCUUGGGCUUCAUCCAGAACUCCUCCUCACAGGAAACCCCCCGCAUUAGUGCAAAAAAAUAUAUUUCACAGCCCAGUCAGUCCCUCUCUGUCAGAGCAGAUCCACAGCAGAGUUCAGAGGAUUUUGAGCGCUCAGGCGUCUCGCAGGCUCUCGUUUGAGGAACAGAGUGAAGAAGGAAAAUCCAGUCAGUGCACACCUCUUCCUUCCUGCCCCGACUCUCCGAGUAACAGCCAAACACAACCGGACAGGGUUAUUCCUGGAGAGCCAUCUGUUCAUUUAGAUAGCGGAACCUUCUGGACCAACAAAGCAGCCAAAUACACGGGGAGAUCCCACAGAGCCGUGUUUGAGGACAGCCUGGGCAGAAUUUACAGGAACAUGUACAAAAACGCUUCAAGUCCUCGUCACAGCGAUUCCCACAGCAUCUGGACGUCAUGACUGAUCUGAGCAGGUUGUGCAGUUCACACGUGCCAAUUAUACAAUAUAUUAUAUAAUGUAUUUUUAAGUGUAAUAUCUGAGAUCUUUUUCAUACUUUGGAAGUUCAGAGAAGAGUCUAAGGUAAGGUUAAUGUUUGUUAGAUUAUAUUCUGUAUGUUUAGUAAGGUAAGUUGACUUUCCAAGCUUCCCUGUUAAAUCUGACUCCUUUAGAGUGCAGGAUCAUCCUGCAGCAGUAUGUGUGUAACAGAUUUUUGUAUUAGUGUUUAUAAAUUAGGAUUAAUCUACAGUUACAGUAGAUACAGAAUCACCAGCACCGUAAUCUUUUGUACCCGUACUGAUGAGACGCACCUGUAUAUAAAAGUAAGUCCGAUUUUUUAGCACAAUAUGAUUCUAUUUUUUUUUGUUGUAUUGUGACGAUAGCCUGCCUUAACGUCCUGUAAUUGGUAAAAAAGUGUAAAAAAAAAAAAAAAUGACCAGGGUUAAGUUGAUCCAGACAGAGACUACCUCUGUAGUUUGGACCCAACUUAGUCAGUAAGUCAGUUACUUUUAAAACUGCAAAGUGUUAGGUAUAAAAUAAAGUCAAAAAAUACAAUAUACAAAUUUGGAUCUGUUAUUUACAAAAACAUAUCAGAACAAAAAGAAAAAAAAAUCUCGUUUUAUCUGGACUUUCUAGUGUUAACUGUUAAUGCGCAUGCGUGUCCCACGGGGGGGUCGUUCUGAGGGAGAGCGAUGUAAUGGUGGUUGUGUGAAUACGGAGAAGUAAAGUUUGGAGUUCGUUUAAAACGUGUGUCGUCUUUGUUCACUAACAUCUAGUUGAUCCCCAGAAGGAAAAAAGAUCUAGUGUUGUGCCUUUGUGUGCAGAUGCAGCAGUAUGAGUACAACAGAUUAUGGUGCUGGUGAUUACUGUAGCUACUGUAUAUUAACUGACUUAACAAACCAAUCAGUGUGAAGUAUAUAAAGACUCUGCCCCCUUGUAGUGCACCCAGUCACUAAACUUCAGUGUGAAACUGGACAACAUUAAAGGAGAACUCCUGUGUAAAAUUGGCUUAGGGUGAAGUAAAACAUGGGAAAGUGUACUAUUCUUUGUUGAGUAGCUCACCUCCACUCUCGUGCAGCUUUCUGAGAUCCAGUAUCUUUAUUCCGUUUGUCCAAACAACCUUUAGACUGAGUGAUACGGGGCAGAUUUAUCUGCAGGUGCAAGAAUAUGCCCCAUAUCACCCAGUCUAAAGGGUGUUUGUCCACAUGGAAUAAAAUUACUGGAUCUUGGAAAGCUGUGGGAGAGCAGAGGUGUGCUACUCAACAAAGGUUAGUACUUUUUAUCGUGUUUAUCAUGCCUUAAGUCAAUUUCACACCGGAGUUCUCCUUUAACAGAACUAAAUGUAUAGAAUAUAAUUUAACAAAUUUUGGUUCAGACUUUAAACAUGUGAAAAACCCCUUAAACCCAAUUUUUUAAAGCUGUUCACAUCUUCCUACAUAACACAUACCAAUUCUGCUACUUUAGCUACAGUACUAAUAAUCAGACUUUAAUAGAUACAGAAACAAAGGACUGGGACCGUGGUUUUAUGUGUUAUUUAAUAGAGAUCCAAUGAUUUUGAUCAAUGAAUAUGAGCUUUUGCAAAAUAUGAAAUCUGGCAUCAUGCUCCAUCAUCCUCCCAGACUGGAAAAAAAAACAUGACGAUACUAAAAUGAAAUUGUAAUAUCCAUAGCUUUUUGUUUCCCUUAUUAUUUUACAAUUUAAUUACUUUUAAAACGGCAAUGAGUUAGGUCAAAGUUAAAAUAUAGUUGAAAAAAUGUAAUAUACACUUAAAAAAGCUGCAAAAUUCGAUCUGUUAUUUACAUAAACAUAUCAGAACAACACUACAGCGUAAAUGCAAUUCUUACAUUAUUUCUUUUUAGUAAAUUUAUGCUUCUUUUUAUGCAUCUUGCCGGCUGCCUCUGCUGCUCUCUCUGACAUGAUUUCCUGGUAUUUCCUCUUGUUAAAGCUGGAAAAAGAGGGAUUGAGAAAGAAAGGAGACGUUACACCACAUGUUAACUGGCAGCUAAACACAGUUAUGUAAAAUUUAUUAGUGAAUAGUAGAUAAAUUAACACAUUUAGUGAACAAAUGAAAAUCAUCACUGUCCAAUGAAAAACACAUAUCUCCAUAAUUUGAACAAACCAAUAGAAUUUCUCCAAAAUUACCUGAAAAAUAUUACAUCGAUUUUAUCCCUCCCCAGUAAAAGUUGAUGUUUUACCGAUAUGUUUUUUUUUUUUUAAUUGGACAGCGACAAUAUACGCUAAAGAACACACAUUUCUGGACAAGCUGAGAUACACAAAACAUUCACUUAAAAAAAAUAAAUAAAUAAAGUGUUAGAAGCAUAGGGACUUCACAAUUAGAGUAAAAUAUUAUAAGAUUUUACAUACAGUUAGCAGUGGACAAUACACUAUUUUCCCUGUUUAAAUAAGUGAAGCUUUUAUUAUGGGGUACAAAUACUAUACACCGUUGCUUUAAAAGAAAAGCCAUUGAGAGGGUUGAAGAGUCUGGAUUCGAACAAUACUUUUUUUUUAUCUUAAUUUAUAUGUUUACUGGACAUGAACUGUAAUGUAUUAAACAACCUCAUUUGUAUUUUAUUAAUUGCUUUUUCACAUCCAUUUUUGUACUAUUAUUUGUGUUACAUUUUCAAACAUCUUACAAAUUGUAACAUUGUUUUUUUAUAUAUUGCGCUAUCUGUGUCUUACACUUAAGUUGCCAUUGACUGCUCUGUAUUGUGCCUUAUUAAAAAAUGAAAUGUAAACUGUUUUUUUUUUUGUCCUGGACAAACUUUUAAUCAUAAAAAGGUUUUAUCUCAAGAAAAA